CUAACAUUUGAAUAUAAUUAAAAAUCAACUCAAAGCCAAAGUUUAACUUUUUUUUGUUUAAUAAGUUUUGCAUUGCAUUUUUGAAAUGGUUUUUUGUGACUUUGCUAAUCGUAUUCGAAAUUCUGCAUUAUUUCAUCCUUUAUUAUACUUUAUGUUUGGAGCAACGCUUUAUUAUACUUGGUCCUUAACCUCACAAAAUAGUGAGUUACUGGAGAAAUUAAACACGGUCAACUUUGCAUUGUCAGAAACUAAUAAAGAUCUUUCAAAAGCCAAUACAAAACUUAAAAUGUGUCAAAGUAAAGAAACUUCGUAUUCUAUUUCAAAUAAAGACUUACAAACAAGGCUAUCGAGUUGUGAAACUCAAACCGGUGAAAUAAAUGAAGAUCUAGAUUCAGAAAAAAAGGCCAAACAAAAAUUUUUGCUUGAUUUUGAGGUGCUUCUAAAUUCUCUGAUGAGUGAUCCAAACAAUAUUCUCAAGAUUGGUUCACUUGAUUCAGUUUUAGAAAACAUGGAGGUUUUUAAAAAUAAGUACAAUGAGCAAACAGAAAGUAAGAAAAAAGAAGUUUCCAAAUUACAAGACGAUAUGAAAAUUACAACAGGACGAUUAGAGGAGGAGUUGAAAUUUUUCAGUACACAAAACGAAGUCUUGCAGAAGAAGUUGCAAGAAAGCAGUACUUUUAUUGCUUCAUUAAAAAAUCAAGUCGAUGAAUUGAAGUUUCAACAAACAAAAGUUAUGCAAGAACGUGGUUUAAAAUUACGAAAAGAAGUAAAUAAUGAUAAUGUUAAAAUGAUUAAUCUCAACGAUCAAAAAUCGAUUGAAACAGUACCAAACGCGCCAAUAAACCCAAGUAAAAACAAAAUUCGCCCAGAAAAGGUUUUAACUACUUUAACAACAGUUAAAGUAAUACCCAAUUCAAAACAAGAAAAAUCAGAAGAAGAAAAAGAAGAAGUUGAGGAAGAGAAAGAGAAAGAAGAAAAUAAAGAAAAAGGUAAGGUAGAGGAAACUACAACCAACCAAAACCAGAAGAGUGAAUUAAACAGAACUGAAGGUACUGAAGUAAACGAGGAAGAGGGAGGCAAAAACUUUGAGAAAUCUACGGAAGAAGAUUCUGUAAAUAAAAAAGAUGAUACAGUCCAGGAUGAAGAUGGUGCCGAUGAAAAUAACGAAAAAAAUGACAAAUCACCAAAUAUAGAUAAAAAGCAAAAUAAUGAAAAUGAGGAGGAUGACAACUAAAACCUCGAACAAUAAACCUUUAGACAUGCACAAUAAAUUUAAUAUUCAAUGCUCAUUUAAAAAAUGGUUUCUGUAUUUUAAAUUUUAGGCGUUGUGCGAUUUACAUUUUACCGUUGGGUUGCAAUUUUUAUUUAUUAUGAGCACUUAUACUUUUUAGCUUGUGCUGUUAUUUAUUUUUUUUUUUAAAUUUAACUUUAAAUUUUUUGACAUUUUGAUUUUUGCAUGAAACUAUUUAAUUUUUGUAAAAAAAAAGUUUUUAAACAUUGAAAGAAUAGCAUUCUUAUGUGUUAAAAUGAAAUAAUCGGUUAAAAAUUAUAUUAUUAAAAAGUUUUGUGUAUUUUUUAUUUUAUUGUAAGUUAUAAAAUUUUUAUAGUCGUUUCGAUAAAUUGUACAAUUUAAUGUCUUGUAAAAGUUUUUCACGUUUGGCUUUUUAA